CGCGCGCGCAGCACGCUCUCCGGGCGCGUCGGUUUCAGGUGGGAUUUUAACACCGAGAAGACGCUCCUCGAUACAUUCGACGUACAUGCUGACAUGGAACCGAAAAGUAUGAUGCUGGUCUCCGGGGUUUUGCCGAUAUUGCUGUGCUGCGCUGUGAAGUUGAGCGGCGCGCGCAGGAGCGGUGCUGAAGACGGAGAGACUGUGGAGAAGAUUAACAGCGCGCGCUGCACCUCGCGCUGCCUCACGCUGCACAUCACUCAGCUCACUUCCGCCUUCAGACGCCUUCAGAGUGAUGAGGUUCUGGGCUGGUGCGAAAACCAUAGGAGAUGUGCUCAGUGCCUACAGCCAUGCAAGGAAUUAUGGGAAACCAGAAGACUUCUUUCACACAAGUUUUGCGAGAAGCACCAUGAGUGUGUGACCAGCGCUGAGUUCUUGCAGUCGCUGCAGGUGCAGAAGCAGGGCGAUUGUCCUUCUCCUCAAAGGGCGUCAGGCUUUGCAGCCGCCUGUGUGGAGAGCUGCAGUGGUGACCGCGAGUGCUCUGGCUCUAAAAAGUGCUGUUCAAACGGCUGUGGUCACACCUGCCAAGCACCAACCAACCUUUAUAAAGGCGUCCCCCUGAAGCCAAGGAAAGACAUGGCCUUUUUAGAAGACCAGCAUGGACAGCUGGAGGUGACAUGGAUGUCGAAGUUCAACGUGUCUAUUGAACCAGUGCUGUAUAUACUGCAGAGGAGAUGGAACCAUGGCAUUCAUCCCAGUGAAGACGACGCCUCACCCUGGCACACUGUUCUGAUGACCGUGGAAGAGCGGGCCUUGCUGAAGGACGUCCGACCCCACAGGUGGUACCAGUUUCGGGUGAGCGCGGUGAACAGCCAGGGCACGCGCGGUUUCACCACUCCCAGCAAGCACUUCUUCUCAACACGAGACCCGUUGCCCCCAGAGAAGCCGCAGAACAUCAGCAUCGAAAAUCAGACUGUGAGCGCUGACGGUAGGGUGAGCGUGCUGCUUCGGUGGGAGCCCCCCAAAGAGGGAGACCUGCAGCUCCACCAUUACAAAGUGACCUGGAGCGGCCCGAGUGGAAAGGAGAGCAGCAGGGUCGCAGACGGGACUCUGACAGAAAUGGAACUGGGAGGACUCCAGCCAGACGCACACUACAUGGUGACCAUUCAAGCAGUUGCUUUCUGGGGACAGAAGCGCUUGAAGAGUGUCCGUGCACAGCUCUCCUUCAAAACUGCUGCUUCCACCGGCUCCUCGCCAAUUUCACGGGACUUUUCCAACGAGCUGCCCAUCUCCCGCUCAUCUCCCAGAGUCCUCCGGCUUGAGGCCGCGGCUCCCCACUACCACAACAACCAGCUGCAGGUCAAGGUGUUUUGGAAGAGUCGACUUCCAGAAAACCAGAGGGGUUCCACUUCAUACCUUUUAAGUUGGUUUCCAGAGGUAUGUGCUAAUAACGUGACCAAGAGAGAGAGAACGGCUACUGUACAGGGCACGCAUUUUGUCAUCACAGGCCUUCUCUUUGCCUGUAAGUACAAAGUAACUGUGACACCACUCUCUGAGCAUGGAGAGAAGGCCAGGGCCGUGACCUCUGUCACUACCCCACAGUGCUCGACGCUGAAAGGCCGUGGGAAGAAGCUACUGUCCUGUGCCCACGAUGAGCGCCAUCUGCAGGCAAAGAAAGCACUGCAGCGCCCCGAGAAGUUGUUAGCAGAGUUUCAGACUGUGAACGGCUCCCUGGAAGGUCUGUUCAGUUGGCAGGUGUCUGAGACCACACCCGGCCAGACACCCAUCACAGGAUUUCAGUUCUCCUGGGCCAAAGUCACCAGCGGCCGUGUGAACAAAUCUCCAGACUCCCUCAUCUCUCAAACGUUAAAUCUGGCGCCUGAUCAGCGCUCGGUCAGGGUGGAGCAGCUCCAGCCAAAGUGUGCGUACAAGGUGCAGGUACAGGCGCUAUCUGAAGCAGGCAGCGGGCCCUCAGUGGCCAGAAUGAUAAACACUCCACAGCUCAAUGGCACACCACUAUGAGGCUGUACAGUUCUGAAGUAUCAUCAUAAACAUCUGAUCUCCAGUUCCCUUCAGAAAAGUGUGUUUUCUCCACCGGUAUGCUUGGAGCCACAGUUAUGUACAUUGCAUGAUGAUGAGAUUUCAAUUAAAGUCUGAAAAAAAAAGAUUCAGUAACAGUAAAAAUAUUUUGUAAGUUAAAUGUUCAGAGAGAUUUGAAGCUUAUAUUAUUUAAGUGUACUUUAUCAUGUAAAAAUGUGUAGCACUGAUGGAUGUAGUGUGUAGUGAGAGUUGUGUACUGCUUUACUGUUAUCCUGUUAGUUCAUGUAUUACUUUUUUUUUUCCAUGUUUAGUACUAAUACUUUUCUGUUUCUGAAUCCGAAACAUUUUUGUGAUGUGCAAGUAUAGUUUUUAUAAAUUAUUUUUCAACUUUUUAAAAAACAUUUUUACAUUUUUAGCGUCCACUUACAGUCUACUGUAAUCUUAAAGUAUUUAUUGUGAUGUGCUUAAAAAAAAAAGUGGAAGGUGUCCAUUAUUCUGACCUCUGUGCUGAUAUUUAGUGAAAAAUCCAUUUCAAUAUGUAUAGUUUCACACCAGGUAUCAAGUUGUCUUAAACACCUGGUUGAAGUUACAAUUAUAAAACUGAAGGCUUUGUUUGAAUUACAGCAAAAUGAACCCAUAUCAGGUUUACAUUUAUUACACAAAUUAAUCAUGGCUUACAUCAUUAGUACCAAGAAAUGUGCUAUAAACAAUGACGUACAGCAUUUGGAAUGAUUUAACAACACAUGAAUAUUUGCAUGAAUGCUGCAAAUGACAUUUGUAAUGAAAUCAUUUAUUCAUUUUGUUCAGACAUUUGUACAAAAAUGUUAUACUUUCUGUAAAUAUUGCACUAGUGUUGUUACAAAUAAACGUUGAAGUAAAUUCAUGAUUUCCUCUCGUAAAAAAUUGUGUGUUGGGAAAGUCACAAAUAUUUACCUAUCGGUGCUUUUUUAAAAUAAUUACGAAUCUGCAAGAUUGAAGAUUAAAAACAGUGCAGUUGAAUAGCAGAGCUUAACUGCCACUGGUCCCUUUAAAACUUUAACUCUUUACCCCUUAAUGACGACAUAUGACGACCUCGUGUAUAUCCCAUAAUGACGACAUACAGUAUGACGCCGGCGUGUAUGCACCAUAAUGACGACAUUUGACGACUCUGAAUUUGCCUCUACAUACGUAUUUUACCCUUUACAGGUAUCCCAGGUGAAUAUUUAUGAU